CUGUAGAUGGACAAACAACAUCACCUCCACCUUCUACCACUGGUUAUUCAUUGACUCCAUCAACAAGGUCAAGGACAGAUGAUUCGCUUUCACCAGGUUCUACAACCAGUCGAUCGGUAACCAAUGAAGCAUCUCAUGUCACUGUUAUAGUGCCUAGUUCUAUCAGACUACUGGAUGCCAGCUACAGCUCACAGUUAUCAGAUCUGCAGUCUCAAGUCGCCCAACAGACUAAAGUUCCAAUAGAACAUGAG